GCGCUCCUCUCAUUUCCCUGGCAAAUGCUGUCACCAGUUCCCCCUUCUAGUCACAAGUCACACAGAUCUCUGGAACACAAGCAGUGAGCAGACAUGGGAUCUGUCGCCGCCGUCAUGAAUCUGCUCCUAUGUGCCAUGCUGCUCAUCUCAGGCACUAACACAGAAGAGCUCAUUUCGGUGCCUUCCGUCGUGGAUGGGAUCAUGGGCAAGCCCCUCUAUGUAGCAGUGGAAAAAAAAUUUAGUGAAGAAGGAGUGCAGUUCCAGGGCACCUGGUUUCAGAUCAGCCCUAAACCCAUUCAUCUGGUGACGUUUGAUAACAACAGAGCGAUCCAUGACAUGGUCCUGAAGAAAACACUGGAGCGCAUCACUCCACCCAACAUCUCUCUGAACUUCACGUGUUUGGAUGAAGCAGAUGAGGGAGACUACCAGCUAAAGAUCAACAUCAUCCACACUGGUCAUAAUGAAUCAGAGACUGUUACCAAGAAUGUGAGGAUUACAGUGAAUGUGCCUCUUUCCAUCCCUGUGGUUGAGAAAAGCUCCAAAGGCACGCUUGUGGAAGACCAGGACAACGUUACUCUGACCUGUACCGUGGAGAAAGGAACUAAGCCUAAGUUUGAGUGGUUUAGAAACAACCAUCCGGUCAACCCAAGUAAGCGUCAUGUGUUCUCGCAGAGCAACAGCAUCCUGUACAUUAGCCCAGUGAAGAAGGAGGAUAUUGGCGCCUACGGCUGCGCGGUCAAAAACCCUAUCAGCCAUUUCCGAAGUAAAGUCAUGGAACUCAGUGUGUGCUAUGGCCCCUACAACCUGGAAGUGAACAGUGAACAGGGUCUGAGAAUUGGCGAGGUGUUCACUGUAAAUCAGGGCGAGAUGGUGUUUUUCGACUGCCUGGCCGACUCGAACCCUCCCAACACCUGUGUGUGGAUUUCCAGACGCGACAACAACACAGAAGUGCUCAUGACUGGCCCUCGCUUUGAGGUGGCGUCUCACAAUCUGGGCCACGCCACCAAGUUCUUGUGCAGGGCUUUUAACAACAUAACCAAUAAACAGGACGAGACUCACUUCACACUCGUGGUGGCCAAUCUUGGCAAAGGCAGAGAAAAUCUUGUCCAAGAGGAAACCGCAGUGUCCUCUUUAACCAUCGUCGCCAUCUUCUCAUUACUCGGUAUUGUCUGCAUGCUAAUUGUGCUCUUCUGGAAGUCCUGCCAUCCGAAAAGAGUGUUCAUGAAAAUCUACAGCAGGCCCAUCCCAGAACAGAAAGGCCAUGAGGAUGCCACUGAAGAUUUUGGCAUCUAUGAGUUUGUUUCCAUACCUGGGAGAAUGGAGUCCAGGCAGGCAUCGUGUAGAUCUCUGACACGGCUCGAUUCAGCCCGAGAUUUGCAUACCACCAUCUAUGAUGUCAUCAAGCAUGUUCCUGAAACUCCAACACUGAGUCUGCUGAAGUGAGUCACAGGUUCAACAGGAACCAGCAGGAUUUAGGGAAGAAGUGUUUCUGAAAAGACUAAAAAAAAAAAAUAAAAAAAAAAAAGCUCAAAAAAGCACUGGCGAUGCUGGUCAAUGCCAUCCUUUCUUUAUUUCUUCCUACCAUCACUUGAAGAUGGUUUUCCUCUUUUCACAUUUUAUAAUAUAAGACCCUCAAUGAAGUAGGAAUCAUAAUUAUAAUCCAAUGAUGCAUAAAGGUGAUGUUUUUUGGAUAUUUAUUUACAACAUAUUUCACCAGGGUCCUCAGUUUUGUAUAUAGCUUUCCUUGGUUUUGUUACCGUUACUUCUUUGUCAUUGACAUUCAGCUUUAGCGGUAUUACUGGAUAUCUGAAAAGCUUUGUAAUAAUUAUGAUGUGAUUUCUAUAUCUGUUUAUAUGUUACCAGCUUAAUCGAUACCUGAGAGUAUUUAUAUAUUUAUACAGCAAUAUCAAAUGCAGACUAGCCACUGCUCCAUCUGUCAUGCAUGUAAAUAUAUGCAAGUUUUUUUAUUCUAAUGCUAUAUUUUUGCACACUGCAAUGACAUUAUAUCUGUGGUAUAUGUCAUAGAAUUCAGAUAUGCUCUGUGUUUUACAUUGCAGAUGCAAUUUGUUGCAUAUAUUCACAGUUUAUGAGGAAAAAAAGCUGUUUAUUUUGAAAAUAAAGAUUUAUACCAGUUGCAUGUCGAUUUA